AUGAUGUGAGGUCUCUCUCAGUGAGGCUUCACACUCCCUCCCUGCCUCCCUCUCUCUCUCUCUCUCUCUCUCUGCAUCACUCUCUCCCUCCCUCUCUCUCUCACUCUCUGUUCCUCUCUUCACUCUUCUGCUUUCUCUCUUCGCAGAGUUGCUGCUACUGCUGAAGGAACUUGAUAGUACCCUGUCCUUCUUCUUUCUAUCCUUCUUUUCUUCUUUCUUUUUUUUCUAUCUCUUUAGCAGAGAUGUGCCCCCCACACCUCGAACUUCUGCCCCUCAGAAGCUUCACAUGACCUCUGUAACCUUUCCAUCCUAUUCCUCCUCUUUGCUCUGUUUUCCCAUGGAUCAUCACCGCCCUCUUCUUUGACCUCCUGCGCAUCUUCCUGCAGACACUUCAUCUGCCAUACUUUGCCACCACUUUCUCUCUCCUCCUUCCUUGCCGGGACCCUCUGCGGCCGGACCAUGGCCAUGAAGGAGACGGUGCUGCCCAUCAGCGAGGUGUCCAACUGCCCUCCCUUUCCGGAGGUGAUCGAGCUAAACGUGGGUGGCCAGGUUUAUGUGACCAAGAGGGCCACCCUGCUGAGUGUGCCGGACACUCCGCUGCAUGCCAUGUUCGCCCGGCGGGCUCCCCGAGAGUUGCCUCGAGACAGCCGUGGUCGCUUCUUCAUUGACCGCGAUGGCUUCCUCUUCCGGUACGUCCUGGACUUUCUCCGAGACCGGCAGCUGGUCCUGCCCGAGCACUUCCCGGAACGUGAGAGGCUGCAGCGGGAGGCUGAGCACUUCCAGCUGGGUGAGCUUCUCAGGAUUCUUGGGCCAAAAGUGGCCAAGCAAGGUUCGCUUAACGACGAGGGUUGCCAGAGCGACAUCGAGGAGAGUUCACAGAGCAGCGAGCUCCAGCUGGGACGGACCAGUGGAUCCGGGGCUGUCUCUGGCCCUUUUUCAUCCACUGCCCAGGAUAAGAGGUCAGGGUUCAUCACUAUAGGCUACCGUGGCUCCUACACCAUGGUAAGGGACAACCAGACAGACGCCAAGUUCCGGCGUGUAGCCAGGAUCAUGGUAUGCGGUCGCAUUGCUCUGGCCAAGGAGGUUUUUGGAGACACACUGAAUGAGAGCCGUGAUCCUGACCGACCCCCUGAGAAGUACACCUCACGCUUUUACCUGAAGUUCACCCACCUGGAGCAGGCUUUCGACAGACUGAGCGAGUCUGGCUUCAACAUGGUGGCCUGCAACUCAACAGGAACAGCUGCCUUCGUCAACCAGUACAGGGACGACAAAAUCUGGAGCAGCUACACAGAGUACAUCUUCUUCAGACCUGCCUGCAGAACCGUGUCCCCCAGAGCAGAGUGUGAAGAACCCAAGCCUGAGAAGCUCGCAGAUAAGGGCAGUGAAAGUGGAGCUUCCCUUAACGAGCUGUCCACCUCCAGCUCCGAGACCCACUCCGAGGCCACCUCACCCCAGGACGGAGGCCCUGUCCUGGCACCCCGUGGGGAGGUGGUGGGAGGGUCACUGGCCCCCUGUGGAGCCCUUCACUCAGUGUCUCGCCCCCCCAGCACCCUCACGCUUGGCAGGCCACCAAAAAAAGGCUCCUCAGUGCAGUGGAUGGAGCUCCCGGAUAAAAGACGCAACAGCGAACUUUUUCAGUCCCUAACCAGUGGGGUGGGGCUUCGGGAGGGUGGCGGUGGAGGAGGACUGACACGGAGGAAGACUCUGGAGAGACCUAACGCUGAAGAGGAGAUGAAGCAGUGCAUCCGGGAUUUCCGUAAGAUCAAGAUUCCACAGGCAUUCCCAGAGCGGAAGCGCCAGUGGCAGUCGGAAUUGCUCCAGAAAUACGGGCUCUAGGGAAGAGCCACGUCACGAUCUUACUGUGCUGAAUUUUCUUAGACUGCUGUACUUUUUCAUGUGCAAGGAAUUCCUCACAUUGAUGACAUUUUGAAAAGGGAAAAACCAUUAAUUAAUCCAGUUAUUACAAAUAUUCCCAAUAUUCAAAGAUAAAAGAGGAUACAAAGCCAUCUACUCGGCUUCAUGAUUGAUUCACUUUUUUAAGCAUGUGAACUACAUGUUCUGCCAAGCCCAAAUCCGAAGAAGAUUGCCAAACUUGAACCAAAUUAAGCGAUUUCCAGUGACUAAAGAAUCAGAAUUCUAUUGUUAUGUUCCUUUCCAUAUGUCUUAAAACGCAUCCAUAAGAGGAAGUACAGGGUUAACGUUGUGUGUGUGAUGUUCUGUUCCAACGUGCAAGUCUAGACUCUUUGUACCUCACUCUGGAUUUGUUUAUGAGAGCUGUGAUGGGUAUAUGUAUGUUUAAUGAAUGCUAGUUGACUACUAAAUUUUAAUCAUACAAUCAUGUACAAAAAACUGUAUAAUCUGUGUCUUUUUGAACACAUUUAAUCAUAUGGACAUUUCUGCUUCUUUUUAAUAAUACUGAGAGAUUGAGCUCAUGCAGUAUCCAACAAAAGUGAAAACACCUCUCACAUUUCUUCAAAUAGUUUAUUAUAUAUUUUCAUGGGUCAACACUGUAGAAAUGAAACUUGGAUGUAUCUUAAAGUAGUCAGUGCACAGCUUGUAUAGCAGAAUAAAUUUACUGUCCUCUGAAAAUAACUCAACAAAAAUGUCCAAAUAGCUAGCAAUACAUGUGAAUACACCCCAUAGUGGACAUGUGCCCGACAUUUGUAUCAGUAUUUUAUGUAACCAUUAGGCGUGGAAUUUACUCCUCCAUGAUGAUGUUGCAAAGCCGGUGGACAUUAGAUACUUAGCUUCACAGGUGGGUUCAGAUCUGUAAACAACAAAUAAAAAAAUAAAAAGGAAGAAUUACUUUUAAACAGGGUAGUCUCUGAUAUCUGAUAAACUUGUGGGAGAAUGUUUUUAACACUCCUCCAUGCAGAAUUCUUUCAGCUCUGAGAUGACUCAUGGGUGGAUUCAUACUGGAUAUACGAUGGAGAGUUUCUUCAGUUUUAUUUAUAUUUUUUUAAUAAGCUCCAUUUCUCAAUAUUGCUCAAAUGAAGCUCAAAUGUCUGUAUGUUUCGUAUGUUUAAAAAGCUGUCUUAAGGUUUUUCACGUGACUUUAUGGUUCAAAUGGUAAAGAGUGCAAUGCCAGAAUCAAAAAUCACUCUAUGUAAGAACCUGAAGAAGAAUGAUUAAAAUGUCAGGUAUGUGUCUGGUAUUUCACAUGAUGAAAUAACAUGAGUGGAUUCGUAUUUUCCCAUUGGAUGACAUGGUGUCAGCUGUCUGGUGUCAGCUAGGCCUAUAGGGCUAUGACUAUGACUUUCACUGUUUAUUAUGUAGAUUCAGUUUGUAAAAUGAUCUGUGUGAUUUUUUUGUAAAUAUUUCUAAAACUAUGACUGCAGAUGGGUAAUUAGGGUGAUGCAGUAAUUGCUACCAAACCUACACAAUUCUAUAAAAGUCUUGAUCUUUAGGGCUUUGUAAAUACCUUGUGGUCGAGGCUGGACCCCUUUGGUCAUGUCUGGAGUUGUGUAGUGUGUAGUGUUUAAAGUUUAAAGCACAACAGUAAAAGCUGGACUGAGACGCUGAAUCUCCUUCCAGGGCACAGGAUUGAGAAGCACAAGGCGAGAGCUGUCUCUGUGAAAGCGUAGUCGCAGCAGCUGCAGUAUUACAGCCAGGCUCUAACAUGAGCUAGUGUUUGUGUUUAUGAUGUAAAAUAAAGAACUGACGGAUUUGUUUUCUAUCCGUUGACCUCUGUUGAUCUGCCUCAGUGUUCUGUAAUAAAACAUGUCAUGU